AUGAUACUGCCACUGCUUGUGUAUCAGCUUGCCCUGAUUCUGCACGCCACAGCCCUGAAUGGAUGGGAUGUUUGUCCCAGCCACCCAACCUUCAGAGAGCCAGCCAACAGUGACAUCAAGGUUGUCUGUGGAACAGCAGGAAUGGAACUGGAAAUCCUCCUCUGUCCACUGUACUUUGGGGGCUACAACGAGUCCCUGGUGGCCCUCAAUGGCCAUUUUGGCAAGGCCAGCUGCCAAGGCACCCCUAACUACAACGCCAACCCACCGGUGGUGAAGUUUAACUUCUCCAUGUUAGACGAUUCUCUUUCGGCAUGCUCCAACAAAGUGACGAUCAUAGAGGAAACAGGUUCUGGCGUGUUCUCAGACUACUCAAAGAUCCAGUAUGUUAACAUCUCUGGGACAAUCAACACCUAUGAUCCUAGUGGUGCCACCAUUGUCUAUCGCCAAGAGCUGAUGUACCUGUACUCCUGCAAGUACCCACUCCAAUAUCUCACCAAUAAAACAGAGGCCAGUGUGUCUGGAGUGAGUUUGGCAAUCAGAGACAACAAUGGUAGCUUCAUCAGCACCUUAAGCAUGCGUCUGUUUCAGGACGUCUCCUACACUUCCCCUCUCCGUGUGCCUUCGAGCGGCCUUUCGCUGAAAACACGCAUCUUUGUCGAAGUCAGGGCCACCAAUCUCACACAAAGGUUUAAUGUGCUUCUGGAUCGAUGCUAUGCCACCACGAGCCAUUUCCCACUCAACAGCACCUACUACGACCUCUUUGUUGGGUGUAACUAUGACAUACAGACAGUCAUGGGCAUCAACGGAGACUCCCAGAAGGCUCGCUUUUCCUUUGAGGCUUUCCGCUUUGUGCAGGACUCCAACAGGACUGUGUCCACCUACUACGUGCACUGUGCCACCAGGCUGUGUGAGAAACUUUUCUGCGGUUCUCUUAAACAGAACUGCUCAGGCGGCUCGGGGGGGUUACGGAGGAGGCGGGAGGUCACCUCUGUGAGUGACACGGCCACGGUCACCUCAGGCCCAAUUAUCACCAAAAUGAACAACGAUGGAACAGAGGAACAUAGCGGAGAUUCUGAUGGCAACCGAACAGUGUUGGGAGUGGCCACUGCUGCAGUUCUCAUGGGAGUCUUCUGCAUCGCGACCAUUGCAGCCAUAUUCUACAGGAUCCAUCACUCAAAAACAGCAGCCACAGACAAGACCAUCCUCCACCACUGA